CCGCGGGUAUGGCGCAGAGCCGCAGCGACCUGGCGAAGUCGCGCAACAAGACAGAGCAGGACAGCUGCUGGAAAAAAUACAUUGAAACUGAACUAGAGGCUGCAAAAAAAUGGUCUCACAAAUGGGGAUUCUUGAAAACACCUGUUGACGAGUUGAUUCACCAUAAAAAGGAAGAAAAUACAAGCCCCAAGAUAGAGCUUCCAGAACAUCUGCAGGUUCGACCUGUGACACCUGUGGAGAAAUACAUUAAGGUGCUUCCAUCUCCUCCAGUACCUAAGACUACCCAGCGGUUUAUUGGUUGGAGAUCAGCUGUGCCAGAGUUGCAACUUGAACAUGGUUUUCAAAUCCGAAGCUGCAAAGGGUCCUUUUUCAAGGAUCUGAAGUGGCCACGUGAGCCCUCUGACUGACACUAUGAAAUAACAGCUAGGCACACAGAUCCAUUUGCAUCCCUAAGGAAACAUUCCAGGGUGGACUGCUGGACUGUUAAACAUUCAUGCUUUAAAAAAUCCACACUAAUUUUGGUAAAGCGCGAACAUUUUAAUGUGGCAUUUUACUUGUUAGAGCUGUGGCAUCCAAGCUGUUAACAAUGCUUUAGGUUUACUUUGAAGUAACAGUGAAUAAACUCCUAUAAAGAUCACA